AAGGAUGGCAGGAGGAGCUACUGGGCAGCCGCAAAAGAUGCGGGAAUUUGUCUCCAGGCUUUUCCAGAGAAGCCCUGAUUUCAGCAUGCUCACUUAUGCCACUAUUCGGAAGAAGUAUCUUGACCAUGUUGGGCUGGAAAAGUUAUCUAAAUUGCAGACGGAGCAGCUAAAACAACUGGUGGAGGAAGAACUGGUCCGGAUGAAGGUUGAUCAACCCCCAAGCAAUGUAGAUUUAAGGACUGAAGCCCAGGAUUCCUUCAAAUCGGGAGACCGCAAGAGACCCUCUCAUACCUCUCAUAGUUCAGAGAAAAAAAUUAAAAAUGAACAGGAGCAUAAAAGGCAAAAGAUUGAAAAUAUAUUAGAAAUCAGUUCUGAUGAAAAGGAUUCUGAGAUUGAUUCCAAGAAGAGGCCGUGCCACAGGAGUCAACUUCUCAGGAACGUCUUGGAUUCUUCUGACCAAGGAGACUCCAGAGCUGGAGAUCACAAUGCUCACUCUGAAACCGAUGAGGAAAUUACAAAGAGCAAAAGAAAGCCAUCCCUUCAGGAGGCAAGAGGGAAGAGAGGACGAGGCAGCAAAUCAGCCAAGGGCCAGGGGAACAGGGGCUUGCAGAAAAGGGUGGUGAGUGACUCUGAGGAGGCCCCCGACAUGGGACAGAGCGACCUUGAAGAAGAGGUCAAAAUACCCAGGAAGCCUAAAGAGAGAGAGGGGAGGAAGAACAUGCAGAGGAAAGACUCGAGCGGGAAGAAACCGGAGGAAGAGAAGAAGAUGACGCAAAGGAUUCAGGAGUCCACAAGUGAAGAAUCUGAAAGUGAGUCAAAUAAGCAUAAAAGCUCCAAAGAGGAGACAAAGCGGGCGCAGGAUCCCACUAGCAGUGAAGGGGAAUCACAAAGCGAGAUGAAUCAAGGCCAGCCUGGGAAGGCAGCUCUAAUAAGUCUCUCGUCAGAAAGUGAGUCAGAUGAAAGCAACAAUGGAGAUCCGAGGGGGAAACUGGAAAAAAAGAGCAAGCCCGUUUCUGAGUGUGACUCAAGUCAAGGGGAGGAGAAGUUGAAGAAGAGAGGAGCGCCAAAGUCACAGAAAAAGAGCAUCGGUAAAACAAUCUCCGUGCUUCGUUCUGAGAAUUUAGUAAGUGAGUUUGUAGAAAAGAAAACCACUCAAAACCCGCAGCAGAAAAGAACGAAAAAGCUCAAAAGGAAGAGUGCUGCCAAGGAGAAAGAGGGGGAAGAAUCCAGCAAGGAAGAGGGCUCCGGCUCAGAAGAGGAUGAGCCCUCUACUUCUCACCAUCCUGGAAAGGAUAAGCAUUCUGGAAAGAACAAAGAUCUUCCCACCAUCCAGCGUCUAAAACACUUCAUCCGGGAAUGUGGUGCGUGGCGGAAUUACAAAAAGCUCCUGGCAGAUUGCCACUCUGACAAAGCUCAGAUAGAGGUUCUCAAAGAACAGCUGAAAGGUCUUGGCAUGAAAGGAACUCCAUCUCUAGCCAAGUGCAAAGCAAUAAAAAAGAAGCGGGAAGAUGAAGCCGAAAUGGCUUCUCUUGAUAUCAACAAUAUUAUUGCUUCAGAAGGCCGUCCAAAGCGUCGUAACGUCUGGAGCCUUUACAGUAAGCCCCAAUACAUACCCAGUUCUCCGAAGAAGCCAAUUGAUGGCCAUCCCGUCACAGAUUGGUCCCAUCUUCAAGGAGUAAUCAGUUCAGAAAGGGAAAGCAGUUGAUUCUGUGGUGGAAGAGAGGCUGACAUACAUUGAUUACACUGAUCUUUUGGAAAAAGGGUUUAACUCACCAAACAGCCAUGAAGGAACCUCUUUUAUGCUUAAAGGGAGCUUUUAUGCUCCCUU